CAAUUGCCAGACCCAUCAUUGCCCUCGCUGCAAGUCCUCCAUCUCCCAGAAUGCUCGUCUGACUGAUUCCUCGAUUAUCCUCGUCCUCAGCCUCGACGCCCUGACCUCUCAUCCAUCCCCACCCUCUCCGAAGGCGUGCCGGCAGCCGCGGCGUCACCUUCGACAUCGAGCUUCAUUCGCCCACCUCCUGCCCCACGACCAACUCUUCUCCCGAUGGCCUCCUAGUCUGCGCCGACUGCUUCGCGACGCACAUUCUCCGCAUCACCUGGAUACCGACGACCGGAAGAGCUGGCAACGCUGACAGACAGCUGUCAGCGCGUCAGGAGUGACAUCUCCCCUUCACGGCUGGGGUUCCACGCUCCAAGUGCAGCGGCAAACCAUUCCUCGACAUCCCCGACUAUUGAAAUCCUUGCACAAUGAAUCGCUUUCGGCAAAGAGUGCAUGAACAACUCUCGCGAGGCAAAGACCGGGAUGGCAACAAACUCGCCAAAAAGGAGAAGUCCUCCUCCGGCAGCGCCUCUCCGCUCGGUGGCUCCUCAUCCCAAUCUCCUACUGGCUCUGCCCAAGCCACUCCCACGGGUUCCACGUCCAACCUCGUCGAUCCUCGAAAUAAGCCGCUCCCCGGCCAGGACAACCCGACACAAUCCCAUCCCGGCGCGCCAAUGCCCGGCGCGCCUGCGAAUUCAAGCCUAUCACAGACCUCCAACGCGUAUCAGCCACCGGCACUGGGCGGAACGAGCCCGAGCAACGGCGCAAGCACUCUUGCCCCUACCACGCCCGCCCGGCAUAAUCUACCCCUCGCCCCCAGUGUCGUAAUCUCUCCCAGCAUCCCGCACGUGCCUCCUCCCGGCGCAGCGGAAACCAUGCCCCACGAUCUCGCUCCUCCCAAGGCCGGUCAGAAGAGUCUUCUCUUCGAUCGGCUUCAAGCGGUGCCCAAGGACUCCGUUCCUGAAGGCAUAAAAACGCCCAAACGACAGCAUUCAUCACGCUUCGACAUCUCCGACCAGAAGCAGCGUGAGCUGGAAAAGCUUCCCGGCUUCCACGAGGUCUCACCGAAUCGGCGUCAAGAGUUGUUCAUGCAAAAGUUGGAUCAAUGCAACAUCAUCUUCGACUUCAACGACGCAUCGGGGGAUAUGAAGAGCAAGGAAAUCAAGCGCCUGGCGCUACACGAGCUUCUGGACUAUGUUGCGCAGAACCGACAGGUCAUAUCGGAGCCCAUGUACCCGCGAGUCGUGGAGAUGUUUGCCAAGAAUCUCUUCCGGCCCAUCCCUCCGCCCAUCAACCCGCAAGGCGAGGCCUUUGACCCCGAAGAAGACGAGCCGGUGUUGGAGGUCGCGUGGCCACAUAUCCAGGUCGUCUACGAAUUCUUCCUCCGCUUCAUCGAGAGUCAGGACUUCAACACCAACUAUGCGAAGCAAUACAUUGACCACGGCUUCGUCCUGCAACUGCUGGAGCUGUUCGACUCCGAAGAUCCCCGGGAACGAGACUUCUUGAAGACCACUCUCCACAGAAUAUACGGCAAAUUCCUGAACCUCCGGUCAUACAUCAGACGGAGUAUCAACAACGUGUUCUUCCAGUUCACAUACGAAACAGAACGCUUCAACGGUAUUGCCGAACUUCUCGAAAUCCUUGGCUCCAUCAUCAACGGCUUCGCGCUGCCGCUGAAAGAAGAGCACAAGCUAUUCCUUACGCGCGUGCUCAUCCCCUUGCACAAAGUCAAGAGCCUGAGCAUGUACCACCCACAGCUGGCGUACUGUAUCGUGCAAUUCUUGGAAAAGGACGCCGCUUUGACCGAGGAGGUUGUACUUGGACUGCUUAGAUACUGGCCCAAGGUGAACAGCACAAAGGAAGUCAUGUUCCUCAAUGAAGUGGAGGACAUUUUUGAGGUCAUGGAUCCGGCGGAAUUUGCCAAGGUGCAGGAACCGCUGUUCAAUCAGUUGGCAAAGAGUGUCGCCAGCCCCCACUUCCAGGUUGCGGAACGCGCGCUCUACUUCUGGAACAACGAGUACUUUUGCAAUCUUGUGAGCGACAACGUCGAUGUCAUCCUACCAAUCAUGUUUGCACCGCUCUACGAGAAUUCAAAGGGGCAUUGGAAUAGAACGAUCCAUGGCAUGGUGUACAACGCCAUGAAGCUCUUCAUGGAAGUCAAUCCCGGGCUUUUCGAUGAAUGCUCGCAUGAAUACACCGAACAGCAGAAGAACCUGGAUACGGUAAAGGCCAACCGACAGGCCAAAUGGGACCGCCUGACCCAAAUGGCCGAAUCGAUGAAGACAAGCGUGAACGGAAUCCACACAUCUUCCACCCGAGCGCCGGGCUCGGGAUACAACAGCACAAAAGGAUCACAGGCAACCAGUCCUAUGCGACAGGAUGACGUUGACCCUAUGAGUCAAGAAAGCCAGCAACGAAUGGAGCGGUUACGACUUCAGGACGACCGAGAGAGAAGGCCGAAGGAUGCUGAGAGGCAGAGCAACACGUAUGCGUAUCGCGCCGUCCCGGGCUCGGCUGCCUUCUCGGACUUCCGGCUUCACCGGCUCGCCAAAGCAAUCGGGGCGUCACAUCUGCAGGCGAUAUGGGUGCACUACGUAGCCUCCUUCGAACCUCUUUCCGAGCAGCAAACCGCAGUUCUGGACCAGCUGCUCGAAUACGGCUCUUAUCCGGAUUCUACCGACGAUCUUUACAGCUCUCUACUCCGAGCAGUCCGAUCUGGAACGCAGCCCCGUGAUGCCGAUGUCCGCCUCUUCUAUGUCGCUCCCCGACAAGGGACCAUUUCUCCUUGGAGCUCGAAAGCAACUUCCAUCGCUCAGGUGUGCGGACUGGAGAAAGUCGUACACCGGAUUGAGAGAGGAAUCGUGUUUGCAGCCACCUUUGAUCAGUCCGUCGAUACUGGGGAGAUCCCCAACGCAGACGCUUUGCAUGACCGCAUGACGGAGCAUAUCAGUGUGCAAGCGCCGGAUAUGGAGCACAUGUUCUCGCAACGGCCGCCAGCGCCAUUGCAAAGGAUAAGAUUGGGAAGUACUCCCAAGGAUGCUUUGGCCGCCGCCAACCGAACCCUCGGGCUGGCACUGGACGAUUCCGAAGUGGACUAUCUCAUCGACGCAUACACUCGUCAACUAGGCAGAGACCCCACCGACGUCGAGUUGUUCAUGUUCGCACAAGUCAACUCGGAGCACUGCAGACACAAGCAGUUCAACGCAGACUGGACGAUUGACGGAGAGCACAAACAGCGAAGCCUGUUUUCUAUGAUCCGAAAUACCCACAAGUUGAACCCGAGCCACGUUGUUAGUGCGUAUAGCGACAACGCAGCUGUGCUGCAAGGGUACACGGGCGGCCACUGGGCACCAGACAACUCUACGGGAGAGUGGAGGCAGACUAAGGAGACCGUGCAUUACCUUGCCAAGGUGGAGACUCACAACCACCCCACUGCUGUAUCUCCUUACCCAGGCGCGGCGACAGGGUCCGGAGGCGAAAUCCGAGACGAGGGCGCGGUGGGCAGAGGCUCCAGGCCCAAGGCGGGCUUGUCAGGAUUCACAGUCUCCGACUUACUUAUCCCAGAUCAUCGACAGCCGUGGGAGGUGGAUGUUGGGAAACCGGCACAUCUCGCGAGCAGCCUGGACAUUAUGAUCGAGGCGCCGAUUGGAAGUGCAGCGUUCAACAACGAAUUUGGCAGGCCCUGCACAACUGGAUAUUUCCGCACACUGACCACCAAAGUUGAAACGACUUCCGGUGCAACAGAAAUACGAGGCUAUCACAAACCGAUCAUGAUUGCUGGUGGUGUGGGCACUGUAAGGCCGCAGCAUGCCUUGAAAGAAAAGGGUGUGGUCAGUGCGGGCGCACACCUGAUCGUACUUGGUGGUCCUGCAAUGUUGAUCGGCCUCGGCGGUGGUGCUGCAUCAAGCAUACAAUCCGGCCAAGGCAGCGUCGACCUCGAUUUUGCUAGUGUGCAGAGAGGAAAUGCAGAAGUCCAAAGACGAGCACAGGAGGUGAUCAACACAUGCACAUCACUAGGCGCGCAGAAUCCCAUUCAGCUGAUUCACGACGUUGGCGCUGGUGGCUUGUCAAAUGCGCUGCCUGAAUUGGUGGAAGAUGCUGGUUUUGGCGCCCGCUUUGAGCUUCGAGAGAUCGACAAUGCGGACACUUCACUCAGUCCCUUGGAGAUUUGGUGUUGUGAGGCGCAGGAACGAUAUGUCAUGGCAGUCGCUCCAGACAAGCUCGACGUCUUCGUUCGUAUUGCAAAGCGGGAGAGGUGCGGAUACUCUGUCGUUGGCCAAGCGCGGACAGACAGACGUCUGAUACUCAUGGACCGGGACUCGCAGACCGAGCCUGUUCCCAUCGAUCUGCCCAUGUCGGUGCUGUUUGGCAAGCCGCCUAAGAUGCAUCGAAUGGUCGACUCAAGGAAGCUUCGAUUACCAUCGUUCGACAGCAGCUUAUCGAAGUAUCUCCCGGAGGUCUCAUCGGCAGACGUGCUCAGCAACGCGGUGGAUCGUGUACUCAGUCUUCCAUCAGUUGGAUCCAAGUCUUUCCUUAUCACCAUCGGUGACCGCACUGUCGGAGGACUGACCGUUCGGGACCAAAUGGUAGGACCGUGGCAGACGCCCGUCGCCGAUGUCUCUGUCACAGCCACCUCGCUCACCCCCAGCAUCAAGACUGGUGAAGCGAUGGCAAUGGGAGAAAGGCCGAGUCUUGCGCUCAUUUCCCCGGCGGCAUCAGCUCGCAUGGCAGUUGCAGAAGCACUCACCAACAUCGCUGCCGCGAGUGUCCAGGACCGAUUACGAAAGAUUCGUCUCUCUGCGAAUUGGAUGGCUGCGAGCAGUCACCCCGGCGAGGGCGCGGCUCUCUACGAAGCUGUGGAGGCCAUCGGCAUGGAACUAUGUCCCGACCUCGGCAUCAGCAUUCCCGUCGGCAAGGAUUCGAUGUCCAUGAAGACGAAGUGGGAAGGCAAAGAGGUCACUGCGCCCCUGUCUUUAGUCGUUACCGCAUUCGCCCCGGUCAAUGAUAUCGGCAGCACGUGGAGACCAGCGCUGAGCAGGCCAGAGGAUGUUGGCGAUACAUUGCUCAUGUUCAUCGACCUGGCGGGCGGCCGAAAGGCUCUUGGUGGUUCUGCACUUGCGCAAGUGUUUGGCGAAGUCGGCAGCCAGGCCCCGGAUGUGCAUGAUGUGGACUACAUUAAGGACUUCUACCACGCCAUCCAGCAGUUACAUGAGUCGGACAUUAUCUUGGCAUACCAUGAUCGCUCAGAUGGUGGCCUCUUCACUACCCUCGUGGAGAUGAUGUUUGCAGGACGCUGCGGGAUUGAUAUCCUGCUGGACAAGAUUGCGGUAUCAACGCGGCCGCAGAGUGUCAUUGAAACCCUUUUCAAUGAGGAAUUGGGUGCCGUCUUCCAGAUUCGAAAGAAAGACGAGAGCCUCUUCCGAGGUGUCUUUGCGCCCAUGUCACCAGUCACCAUUGGCACGGUGUCAAAGAAUGGGAAGCAAGACCUUGCGAUCUACAGCGGGCCGAGUUGCGUCUAUCGAAUGGCGCGAAAAGAUCUGCAGCAAACGUGGUCGCAGACUUCCUGGGCGAUACAACGGCUGCGCGACAACCCCGUUUGCGCGGAUGCGGAGAAGGAGAAUAUCAACGAUGACGCCAACCCGGGUUUGCAGUACAAGUUGACGUUCAAUCCGAAAGAGAACAUUCUGGCAUUGACGACUUCAAUCACAUCUCAGAUUCGUGCGAGACCUCGCGUGGCUAUCUUGAGGGAGCAAGGCGUGAAUGGUCAAGCAGAAAUGGCGUUUGCAUUUUCCGUGGCCGGCUUCUCGCCUGUUGAUGUCCAUAUGACCGACAUCCUUUCGGGGCGCUUCUCUCUGGCUUCUGUCAGCGGGCUUGCUGCCUGCGGCGGCUUCAGCUACGGAGACGUGCUUGGGGCUGGUCAAGGAUGGGCCAAGAGCGUCCUGCUCCAUGAGGGCGCCAGACAGGAUUUCAAAGCCUUCUUCGAACGAAAAGACACAUUUGCCCUCGGCGUGUGCAACGGCUGCCAAUUCCUGUCCAGAUUGACCGACAUCAUCCCCGGUGCGGAGAACUGGCCGACCUUUGAGCGCAACAUAAGCGAGCAAUACGAAGCACGAGUCUGCAUGGUGGAAGUGGUUGAUCCUCCCACCCACACACCCAGUGUCUUCCUGCACGGCAUGCACGGCAGCUACCUCCCCAUCGUCACCGCGCACGGCGAAGGUCGGGCAAGCUUCGCGACAACGGGCAAUUCUUCGCCGGAAGCUCUGCUCGAGCAAGGCCUCGUGUCGAUGCGGUACGUCGACAACUCCCUCGCGCCUACCGAGCGCUACCCGUACAACCCGAACGGCAGUCCGCUUGGGAUUACUGGCGUGCGGACACCGGAUGGCCGGGUCUUAGCUUUAAUGCCACAUCCUGAGCGCACUAUCUUGAAGGAGGUGUCGAGUUACUAUCCCGAGAAGUUGGCGAAGGAAUGGGGGGAGUUUGGGCCUUGGGUGAGGAUGUUUAAGAGCGCGAGGCGUUGGUUGGGUUAG